GAUCAUUCGGUUCCAAACCCGAGGAAAACUUAACCCACGAUAUAUAGGUCCAUUCAGAAUUAUAGAGAGGAUUGGGGCCGUUGCAUAUCGUCUACAGUUGACUCCUGAGUUAGAGAAGAUACAUAAUGUGUUUCAUGUAUCCAUGCUUAAGAAGUAUGUGCAUGAUCCCUCUCACGUACUGGAGAAGCCACCUGUAGAGGUACGUGAGGAUUUGAACUACGCUGUUCAACCUAUCAAGGUCACCGAUAGAAAGGUGAAGAAGCUGAGGAGCAAAGAAGUCCCAAUGGUUAAAGUCCUGUGGAAGAGCGAUCGGGUCGAGGAAGAGACAUGGGAAACGGAGGCUUUGAUGAGGAAGCAGUAUGCUUUCCUAUUCGAGUAGAGCUGUGAAUUUCGGGGACGAAAUUCCUGUUAAGGGGGGGUGAACUUGUGACACCGCACCCGAACGUCCUUGAAAAUUCGAUUUAAAAAUUCAAAAGUGAUGUAUUGAAUUUCCAAUUUCAAAACAAUGGGAGAAACGAUUAAUAUUUUACGAAGUACAUGAUUGAAUAUUGUAUUGUUCAAACCCGCAUUCUUUUGUAAUUUUCAUCGUGUAAAUUAUUGGGAUGAGACUACACAUAUUGGAGAUCAAUAAUGUGAUUUAGGAAGUUGACUUGUUCUAAAUAAAUUAGGAUGAGUACAAAAAGACAUCUUUGACAAAGAUAAAACAAUAGGACCCAUCUUCCCAUUUUUGGAAGUAUUGGUAGAUAUUUUGGACCCCAAAUUUAAUGGGAUCAAUUGGGAACCACUCCACAUGGUAUUAGU